GCAUAAUCAGAAUAUAAUUCCAGAAACGGGUCCACCUUGAUGAAUACAGUGCCACAAAGUAUUCGAGUCAUUCAGCUCUAUCGACAGAUUUUAAAAUUGGGCAAGAAUUGGAAAGCAAAAGAAGAAACAAAUACUGUAGUUGAGAGACAACAAAUUAUCACUGAAGCUCGUCAGGCUUUCCGAGAGCACCAGCAGGAAAAAGACCCAAUAGUGAUUGGCAAACUAAUCUAUCAAGCGGAGCAGCGAAUCGUUCAAGCAGAACACUACGGAAUUCCACAUGCAAGACCCGAAUACCUUCCUCCUGAUACCGCUUAUUCAGUCAGAACGAAAACGCAAAAUUUUCACAAAAUGUCAAGAAAACGGAGAACUGAGCGGGAUGGUCCACUCAGAAAAGGAGACAACUGAACUCCAGUUCAAAAGAUUUUAUUGUAGCGCUUCAAAAAUUCCGGAUCAGCUAAUGAAGGAUAUUGUAGAACAAUGCAUAAAAGAUUCGGAAUAUGCUGAGAAUCUUUGCAACAAUGUCUUCAAUAAUGAAAUUGUCACAUCGCAUGAAAUUCGUUACAAAUUUCAAAUAAAUGUUCUUAAAAACUUGAUUUCUGAACUUCAAGCCAAUAAUGUUGUUGUUCCUGAUUCAAUGUUCGACAGGCUUGGUUCUCUAAUGGGAAUGAAAGAAGGAGAAUAUGUGGAAAGAGUUUACCUAACCGAUGGAGGCGACAAAGUUCUAGCGAAAUUCUCGGAAGCUGUAAAUCAACUAUCAAUGGGUACAACUGGCUUAUCAGUUUGGCAAGCUUCUUGUGAUCUCGCCAAUCUUUUUCGCUUGAUUCCCUCCGAGUACAAUCGAAUAUUAGAACUCGGGUCAGGAUGUGGUGUUAGUGGAAUUGCAAUUGCAAAAAUGAAUGAUUGUUGUGUGACGCUCACUGAUUAUGAUGAUAAUGUGCUGAAUCUUUUAGAAGAGAAUAUUGCGAAAAACGAUCUGAAGAGUGAUACUGAAGAUUCGUCAGCCAACAACAAUCAAGCAACAGUUCGCUCACUCAAUUGGUGUGAUUUUGAUUUCUCUGAAUGGAAGGAACCCACGGAUUUGAUUAUCGCGGCCGAUGUUGUCUACGACACUGCAUUGCUCGCCUCUCUCUGCAAUGUGCUCAAUCUUCUGCUCCGCCACUCAAAAGCUGCUAUCGUUGCGUGCACUCGUCGUAACGAGUCGAGUAUUGAGUGUUUCGAGCAUCAUUUGAAAAUGGCAAAACUAGAAAUUGUGGAAAAAUUCGAAUACGAAAACGGUGCCUACACAAUUGGAGAAAAUUCGUAUCAUUAUGCAUCUAUUUUCCCAUUUUUCUCAACUCUCAAAACACCUACAAUUUUUUAUAAUAUCCAGCCUAAAAAUAAAUUAGUUUUUUAGU